GAAGUUCCAAGUUCCAAGAUCGAAGUUUGAUGACGUCACCAUGGCCUAGUUGAGAUAGUGUAAACUAAAUAUUUUCCUGAAAAUCCUGGUCUGUUGAUGGUGGUGAAAGACUGUGAUAUAUUCAUGAUAAACACUGAUAUUCAUAGAGCGUAUAGAUAACGCCAAAGGAACCAUAGCAAGGCUAGAUAAAGGCCAGUGCUGGUGAAAUUAUGUCCCGUCAUGAAGGUGUAAGCUGUGAUGCAUGUUUGAAGGCAAAUUUCCGUGGACGGCGCUACAAAUGUUUAAUAUGUUAUGACUAUGACCUUUGUUCGGCAUGUUAUGAAGGUGGGGCUACAACAACCCGCCACACAACUGACCAUCCCAUGCAGUGUAUCCUCACCAGACAUGAUUUUGAUGUGUACUAUGGGGGAGAGGCACUCUCGGUGGACCAGCCUCAGAGUUUAACUUGUCCAUUUUGUGGUAAGAUGGGCUACACGGAAACUUCAUUACAGGAUCACGUCACUGCUGAUCACCCUGACUCCGCUUACGAAGUGGUUUGUCCAAUAUGUGCAUCUGUGCCUGGAGGAGAUCCCAACCACGUAACAGACGACUUUGCAGCUCACCUCACGUUAGACCAUCGCUCAGGUGCUCCGAGAGACCUCGAUGAACCUUCUGGAUCCAGGCAUGGAGUUCGUAGAAUACCUCAUCAAGGUCGUGGAAUUAGUAGGGGUGUUGCAAGACGUAAUAUGACCUUUGGGAGUGUUAGCAGUGGCCUGUUUUCUCCAUCAUCACGCGAGUCUAUGGAUCCUAUUGCGGAGCUGUUGUCUCAGCUAUCGGGAGUGCGUCGUGCUACGGCAAGUGAAAACAACUCUUCUGCUGCCUCUCAGCUGCAACAGUUGCAGAUUCAGUUAGAACGGCAGCAGGUAGCCGGCCAACCAACCAGCCAGGCUGCUGGUCUUCGUCAGCAGCUGGAGCGACUACCACGACGUGGAGGAGCUAGUAGUAGUGGAGGCGUUGGUAGUGGAGGAAGUGGCAGUGGAGGCAAUAGUGGUGGUGGGGGAGGAGGAAGCAGUGGUGGGGGUGGGGGUGGUGGAAGCAGCAGUGGCAGUCACAGCGGUGUAAUGGUGAAUAUUGGGUCUAGCAGUACGGCAAAUGUUGUAACAACUCACCACCAGCCCCCUCCACUACUCGUUCAUGCAGGAUCACAUUCACAACCUCAGUCACAAUAUCUCUUGGCAAGGCUGGGAGACAAUGAGAGUGAUACAGAUGGCAGUAGUGGCAGCAGUGAUCGAGCAGGAUUUGUUCAAGAACUGUUACUCUCCACUCUUUGUGAUCUCAGUCUUAGUCCAGGAGCCUUGGAAGAUGGAAAUUUAUUACCGACAUCACUCGCAAACCGAGGUGGUGGUAUAGCACAUGACACGGACGUGGCCAAAGGUGAUAGUGAGAGGGCUAUAAAAGUUUUAUCAUCAGAUGCAGCAACUCAGACUUCUUCAAGUACUCAUCCUGUAUCCAGCACUACUACCACAACUACACAGACCAAUUCACAGCACCCAACCAUGCCACAGUCUAAGACCCCUAAUACCAUGAAAUCUCUCAAAGGGGCGAAGGGUGUUGUUGUAGGUCGAUCUAGUCCAGGAAAUCAGCAACAGCAGCAGUCAAAUGGAGGAGGGGUGGUAUCUCGGCCACUGACAGGGACGGGAACAGUGGCUGUCUCCCCUGUGGGGGGGCCAGGGAGGGGCCGAGCGUCGGGGGGGUCAGUGUCUCCCGGCGCAGCCCGCCGGAAACUGGUUCGCGGAGUAGAAGGUCGUGCUACAGAGCCUCCUCCUCCUCACUAGUACCCACAGAAUCUAGUCCAGCACCAGGAGGUCAUCCCAAUGCCAACGAAACUUGCCCAUGCCAUCCUUGUCCUUGCCACCCAUGUACCUGUCUGUAGAAAGCCAAACCAAGGAGGAAGGAAGUAACCAAGACUUUCUGAUAGUUCUUCAGACAGUUUGGCUUUGGUAUAAAUGUAUUAGUCAGAGGAUGUGCUUGGAAGACAGUUGUAAAUGGUGGUGUGCAUGGGAAUGUAAUGUUGUGUGCCACAGUAAAAUGAGAUCAAACAGGCAGGCAGGCAGGCAAGCAGGCAGGCAGGCAGGCUAGGCAGAGAAGCAUAAAAAAAAUGGGGGGACCACUGGUGCCAAGAUAUGAACUGUACAUAGCACAUGCUACUGAAGCAUGUCAUAUUGCUGUGUAUAAAAUAUGUUCAGGCCUUCAUAAUACUGCAUAGCUUUACCCUAACCAUUCAUGAAAUCACAUUAUUGGCAUUGUCCUUAGUACUGUUUCCUUUCUUCACCCUUGAUAACCAGAAUCACUCUUAACUAUUUCCUGUAUGGUAUAUAUUUCAAAUUGAUAAUAGGUUUGAUUUUUCAAUGUGUUUUUUCUGAUACACAUAGAAUUUUGAAGAUUUUUGCCCAAAUAGUGUUUGAAAUAUUUAUAAAUUGUAUUUUUUGUUGCAAAUGAUAUAACAGUAAUUCUUAUUAUAGAGCUUCACUUUGCUUUGGUAAGAUGAUAUUGAAUCACUUACCAUGCAGCCUAGCAUGAGACACAGUAUAGUCAACUAUGAGAUUUAUCUGUAUUUUUUUAAGCCUAUCAAGAAGCUUUUUCAGAUAAAAAUGUACUAGAUUGGGGAGGGGUGAUAGACAAUUCCUUAAGUGAAUUAACAUCUCUAACCAGCUGUAGUCAAGUAAUGUCUAUGCUAUACAUCACUUAUAGAGUUUUUAGCUAGGCUCUUGUGUUGUCACUCCCUGCUAUUUUUGAGCCAUGUGCAGUUAAUGCUUUAUUUUACCAUGAUGUUUUAGGAUAACGAGCCUUAUUAAAAUAUUCUCCCUGGGUGUAAUUGUAGGUUUAUCAAUAUUACUGUCUCCUGCUAGGCUGCACAGUGAUGUUUUCAUAGUGCACUUGACUAAAUCUACAGAUGGAUGAUCAAGUUAGACUGAAAAGCAUUUUUCAGGUUUACAUUACAGCCCAUGUUGAGCUGAAAUGUGCAAACAUUUUUGGGAAUGUUUAUGGAAUCAAAGUUGUAUGUUCUUUAAGCUCAUCUCUUUUUAUAAAAGCAGGUGUAUUUUAUGACAAGAUCAGCAAUAUGGGCCAUAUGUCUUCAUAAAAAAAAACUUUUCCAACUGUAAUUUGUGGUACAUUACACUUACGGGAGAAUACACAAGGCACACAGUGGAUGGUGGUAUGUUACAGUGUGCAGCAUUAGAGGGCUUAUGGCUAGCAGCAGGGUUUUGGGUUCUGUAUAUGUAAUUUAUUUGCAUUAUAGAUUUCUGGGUGUUAACCCUUAAACUUUCCUAACGUAGAUCUACAUUCACUCACGUAAUGCUGCGAACUUAGAUCUACAUUUCUUUUUACAUAAGAAAGCAUGUAAAAUCGAAAGUAGAUCUAUGUUCGGAGCGCUACGUGAGUAGACGUAGAUCUACAUUUGGACAGUUUAAGGGUUUACUAUUAUAUGUUUGGAAUGAAAAAAAACACACCACACUUCAGUUCCUCUGCCAAUAUUUUAAUGCUUUAAGAGAUGUUAGUACUUAAAGUAAUAAGAAAUCAGAAUUAAUUUUUGCAUUGCACAGGUGAAAAUAAUGUUUCCAAUAAAGUAACUUUAUAAAAUUACACUUAAUGAUUGGGAUGCUAACUUUAAUUACCAAGUAACUAUUUUAGCACUGAGAAGAAUGUUGAUUAUUUUUGCUAAAAUUAAUGAAUUUUUAAUUUAACAAAAAUAGUGGCUAAAAAAAAAAAAACUUUUAAUAUCCUUUACCUGAGUACACUAGCCUUCAGACAAGUUUUUUAAUUCAUUAAAAGCAUUAGACCCAUAUGGGUCAUUCAGUGUUGAGGAGUAGUGGAGGCUUGAUAAUCCAUCUUUGGAGUGCCAGACAGAUGAGUUACCAUUCAAUGUAAACUUAACCCAGAUUAUUUUACUUAUUCUUAAUAGGAUGAACUCACACCUACUGUCUUUAUUGCUAAUAUGAGUACAAUACAAAUUAGGGCUUCACAUGCUUGUUGAUAUUAUGCCUUUUUUUGACUCAUGAACACUUGUUUAAUCCAUUAUUGAAAAGGGCUAAGCAUUUCUUCCAAUCUCUGUGGCAUUUGUACUAACAUUCUUCUAACUUGGGAGGCUACUAACCUCAUCAGAAACUAAUGUUCAGGAUAUUACUUUGUAGCUUUCUGAAGUUGUAAAAUAGUGGUGCUGUAAUUAAUAUAAAUACUUAUUUCCUACAAAAUAGCCAUGUGGCAACUUCGUUUGUACAUUGUUAUCAGACCAAGGCUGAAGAGAAAACAAGCAAGCACAAUCCUUCCCAGCAUGACAGUUUAACAUUCGCCAUUCUUACCUUAGUCUAUAAAGUUACUGAUUUAAAUAUAUGGACAUGCUUAACGUUCUGAGUAACAAAUGCAGAUUCUACCACUUGGUUUGCUAGCCAUGAUCUGGCAGUGUCCCACAAACUUUCACACAGUUAUCCAGUGUUAUGCCUAAGUUUGAGGACAAAUUGUUUUCCAUCAAAUUGUAGUUGAGCUCUUGGCAAUGUUCCCAUCACUGUCAGACAUGUGAAAUAAUGCUCAUAUGUUUGUGUAUCAAUACCACAUAACUAGCACAUGGAUAUCAUGUGGAAAGAUGUUGGCACCUCUCUCCGAGGACUACCAGAUAACAAUUUAAUAGGGUGUUCUGUCUAAGAACACAAAAUUUACUUCCAACAUCAGAGUCCUGACACACACUCAUUGCCCUUCUCGUCAAGAGCCCUACCCCUGACACGAACUUCAUCAGUGACUUUAACAGAAACUAAUCUAUUGCACCAACUAGAAUGUUGAUUUUACACACUGAUUAACCCUCAACUUUGCUAACUUCUUGCCUUGCAAUUUAAAUCACUUCUUCAUUGUAUGACCCAAAUAGGUCUGGCACGUGUUUUUAAUACAACCAUAAUUAUUUUAAUGCCUAUGGGUAGCAGAUUGGCAAGUGAUAUAUUACAUACAUACAUAUAUAUAUAUAUACAUACAUACAACAUAUACAUACAUGCUAUAUAUACAUACAUACAUACUGUAUACACAUACAUAUACCAUAUAUACAUACUGUAUACACAUACAUACCAUAUAUACAUAUUCAUGCAUACAUAUAUAUAUAUAAUAAUGCCAAUAUAUGGCCUAUUUGAUCUUUAUAAUCCCUGACAAGAUAUUACUGUCUAAAUUAUAGCACUUUGCUUAAGGUAUUACAUAUCAAAGUAUGAUAAUAUUCUUGUGUUGGCUGUUUGUGGUAGCAUUAUAGUGAAUUAUAACUAUACCUGCUGCUUGUACACCAAUACUUUGAUUAUCUGGCUCUGUCAUUUAAAACUUUAACAAAGGUUAUAUGACAUCUAUGCUUAUUUUGUGACAUGUUCAACAAAAUUUUGUGAAGUAGUCUACAGUAAAUACCAAACCCUGCUGUACAGGUUAAUUGAGGAAUUGGUGUAGAUAUCCAUCUGCUGCUGUACAGUUCUGUGGUUGGCUUUACAUUAAUUGUCUUUAAUAAGAAGUAUAUAUCAAGUUUUUUUUAAAUAGUCAUUGACAACAAUUGUACAUUUACAAUAAAUUGGAUACACAACUUUCAGUACAUUUUUUGUGAUCUUCAAAAUAUGGCCUUGGAUACAAGUUUCUGAAAGGUGCCUGUUCAAAAAUCGAUGCGAGGGUGGCUGUGCAUGUAUAAGUGUAAGAUUUGAUUCAUGCAUAAAUCAACACAUAUUGACAUUGCAUAAAUAUGUAUAUAUUUAUAAUACUAGUAAAUCACAGUUUGUUUAUACACUCUUUUUGUCAUUUAAUUAGGGUCAUAGCAGUUUAUAAUAGAAGCUCUUAGUAUUUACAGUGGCACCCUGUCUACAUCUAUAGGGAUAAAGAAAUCUUCAUGUAGCCUGGGACAACAUAGGAGGAACCAAAAUGUCAUCAAUGUCUUGGAUCUUUUGACUUGUAGGAUAAAUGAAUACCAGUAGUAUUCAUUACAUACACUUGGAUAAAAUUCAUCAUUUCUGUUACAUAUUUUCAUCAGUAAUCAGGUUAGUUAUACAAGUGCUAUGUAUAUUAAAAAAAAUUAUAAAUUAAAAUUUAAUUUGACUACUGUGGUGGAUUAUCUGUUACAAGUUAUAGGAGUACUGUAUAUAUUUUCCUGAACAUUUUGAAAUAGUUAUGAAAAAUCCUGGGAAGACUAAACUUUUCUCAUAACAGUAAACCAAUAUUUGGUAAUGGAGGACAAAUAUUAUUACUGCAGUUGAAAAGGGAUCAAUAUCAUUUCAGCUCAUUUUAUUCUGAUGGCAGGUAAAGGGGUGAUUUUAGAUGUAAAUAGUAAUUCAGAUUGAUUUCACUCACCUUGAAAUAGUAUAUUCAUAUUCAACAUUGUAAAAAUAAUUUCACAUUAAUAUCAUUGUACAUAAAUGCAUUUGAACUAUUUACAGAUGUGAAAAGUAUACUGUACACAGUGUUUAUGUGACCAGUAUAUAGUAAGGAAAACCUAUUUAUUAGAAUUGUUAAGGAAACAUGGACAAAAAUCAGGAAGUACAUGUAUGUAAAUCCAUUCAUUGAUCCAUUGCUGUGAUAGAACAAACUGGAAAUGAAAGCCAGCUUUUGUAGGUCACAGAAAAAUAGUUCUUUUGCAAAGUGUAAAUUAUGGUAAAUGUUUCAAAUUACAAGUGACCAUAAACUAUGCCAGUGUUUUUUGUGAAUUUCCUAUUUGAGAUUGAUUUUACCAGAAAAAGUUGCAUAUGCUUGAAUUACAUGAUCCUGAUUAAGUGGUAAGGCAAGUGCAGUAAUUCUGGGUAUGUUAAAAGUAUCUAUUGUUGAAUUAACAUCUGAAUGUUCUUCCUUAGUUAUGCAUUACUGUUUAAGUAGUGCAUCAAUGACCAAAUGGCAUUACUUAGGUUUUGAGACAUUAAAUUACACCAAGAAGGCUGCAAGAUUUUGUAAGCUUUUAAUUAAAUAAUUAUUCUGAUUAUUUGAUUACAUGAUAAUAUUUGCAUUAGCUUUGAUUGUAUCCUACAUGAAAGUAUUGCAAAAUACUCCUUCAAAUUUAAGAUAGUACCAAGUCUGAAAAUAAACUUGCAAAAGUAUAUAUCAUUAGCAAAUUCUAAAUUGCUCUUCUCUCUCAUUUUCUGUGAAGUACCAUCUGGGUCAUUAAAGUGGGAUGCUGUCCUAUCACUUUGGGUAUAGUUGUGAGAGUAUAGGUCUGUAAUUUUUACUAAACUUUAUCCUUUUACUGAAGUCACACAAAUAACUUUGCUAUCCAAAGUUUUGGAAUUGCCUUACUUUUAGCCCUAUGACCUCUUUAAAACAACAAAGAAGCACAAAGGUAGUUCAACUGUAAUGAGAAUAGUUAUACCUUUCACCAUGCCUGUUGCUGUGUAUUCUCGCAUUGGUGACCCAAAAGAAAUCUCAGGAUAUCAGUCAGGGAUUCUGCUUAUUGGGUUACUUAUAAUGCAUGGAAAGCAGGUGCCUUCCUGUCGCACUUAAAGAAGCUAUAGCAACUUGGAAAGACCACAGAUAUUAUAGUGAAUUAAGUAGCUGGGGUAGGCUAAGUAAAGAGAAGUAAUGCGCUGCAUGACCCUUACUGGUUUAGCGCUUCCCCUAUGAAUGUAAUAAUAAAGGGUAGGGAACAAGAAUCAAAUAUGCAGAAGCAAUAUAGCAUUUGUCAAAGUAUUAAGCUCUUGUGUGGCUGCAGCCAAGAGAAAGGACUAAUGCUUAACCCUUGGAGUGUAUUAUUAAACUAAAAUUUAAAAAAUUAAAUUAUUUUGGUCCACAUUGGUCAAAAAAACAUUCCCCUUUUAUAGUAAAUUUGUCUUUUCUCCCAAGUUCUAGACAAUGUUAAAUGACAUUUUUAGAUGUUUUUAAGUUAAAGCCAAAUGACCUUGAAAUUUUAUGAUGCACUUAAAGGGUUAAAGUAAGAUCUGAAGUUAUUUCCUCUGGACAGUUAUAUGCAUCUUACAUAAUAGUGCUUUGCAGGCAAGAUAGUAAUGUCAGUGUCAAGUAAUGAGUUGGGCUGACAAGACUGAAGAAUUUAUUAACUGGUUGAUCAAAACAUUUUGUCAUGCUUAAGCAGUUAUUUUCUAAUGUAACUAAGAUUACUUAGUUUGAAAAAUGUUUCCCAGAAAUAGUUAUUCACCAAUAUUACUUUCUUGUUGGAACAUACAGAGAUUAUUCAGUUUGGUGUUGCUUCUUAACGUUGAUAUAAGCCAGCAGUGUUUGCAGUGAUCGCUGUGUAUGUGAUGGCACCAGCAUUUUUAAGCUUCAAUAAGGCUCUUCCUCAAUGAAGUAUUUAUUUCCAUUGUCAGACUAGAAAAUGAGCCAUAUUGACGAAUUUUUAAAGUAAAAUCUCAUGAUUGCUGAUCUCGCGUAUCUUAAAAUAUUUUUUAAAAGUUGCUGCAGAGGCAAGUUGCUCCAUGCCUAAAACAGUACUUGUGUUAUACUGUAUCAUAGGUUUAUUGAUGGAAUAAUAAAAAAUGUUUUUGGCAAA